AAAUCUACGGAGUACAAAAGAGAAUAGAGCUAGUGGGCCUAAAAUAGCUCCAAAGAUAAGAUAAAGCCAUAAAGGUGAUAAGGGAUUAUCAAAUACCACACCAUAAUCCGUAACUAAUUAACUACUUAUGAUUAUGAAUAUUAAUUAAGAAUUUUAGAGCCCGAUUCUUAAUUGGACCCAGUCCAAACUCGCAAGCAAUUUGUUUCAUCCGAAUUCAACUCCCGCUUGCCAUCACACAAAACCCAGGUAAACACAAAAAAAAAAAGGGAACAACUUGAUUUUGGAGGUGAACUUUGCUUUGAUUUUCAUCUGCAAUUUGAAUGGUCCUUAUGAUAAUAAAAGGGCUCUUCAGGAGGUAUGAGAGAUGGAAUCCUGUGCAUCCAACCCAUGGAGCCUUUUGGGGAAUGGGAGUAGGGAUUGGUUGCGGUGUGGGUUGGGGUCCUGGUUUUGGACCUGAGGUGAUUGGAUAUGUUGGUGCCGGAUGUGGAAUUGGAUUUAGUGUCGGUAUUACUCUAGUUGGUUUUGGCAUUGGCCUUCCUGUAUAUACUCUCAACGAUGCUCCUAAAGCUUUAAUAGCCACAAGAAGCAAUACUUGGGACAUUCCAUCUCAGUUUCGGAGAUUGCAACAGAAGGCAAAUGACAGCUUUUCAUACUUGAAGGACUUAGAUAUUUUGAAAGGGACAGAUAAAUUCGAUGGAGAAAAUGCAAUAUCUUCACAGAGAAAGGCUAUUUCUGAAAGUUCUGAAGUAUUGAAGGAAAAAGAUUCUGAAUCUGAUAGAGAUAUCAAAGAUUGAUACUAGUGAGGCUAGAUCAUGGCAAGCAAAAGCUACAUAUGAAGAGCAUAUUGCACUUUGUAGGUUUGAGUAUAGAAAAUCCACAUUGUAAACCAUGGCCAUCAGGUCUGACAUGCUCAUAUCUAGGACGGAGCUUUGUGAGCCUGAGCUAUGUGGAGUGAAGCAAAAACUAAUAUGAAGAGCAUAGUGGGAUUAGCUUCGGAAGUUUUAGUAUGACACAUCUACCUUGUGGAUUAUGUCCAUUAGAUCACCUCCGAAUCCAGUAUUCAAAUUCUUUUUAUUCAUGUGUGAUUGUAGAGCUAAAUUUCCUCUUUUGACAGUUUCAUGUAAUUCCCAUUGGCAUUUUAAUAAAUGACAUUAGCAUGAGGAAUCUGGCAAUUUUCCAACCUCUUGAAUUUAUGCGGUACAGCUGAAAAGAACUAAAGAACCUUUGAGCAGCCUCGUAGCAAGCAGCAGUUGAAGAGGUUAUGGGUGCAUAAUUUGAAGGUGCGUUCAUAGCCAGCAGUAUCAAUAGAUAAUUUGGUAUUUGCUGACAUCCAAUGAUGGGCACUCGUGACCACUGAGAAGACUGAGCUUUUGGAGGGCCAUAGCCUGGUGGUGGAGGUAUCAUGGAAAGCAGUUGCGAGGUAAUACCCUACUUAUCUCUCAAAAGAAAAAUGGUAACGCCCUACUUCAGGCUCUAACUUGAUUGGGUAAUACCGUAAUAGCCCUUGAGAAACUCGCUCCAAGAACAUCAUAACCACACAAAAGCUUAAGGGGAGAAUCAAGGGUCUUUUCUUUCCUGUUCUAAAGUCCCAAAGUGUGAUAGUGAUUUUUUGGUACCAGAUGCUGCGGAAGGUCAGUAUCAGGGUGGGGAAAAAUGACAUAGAUUUCCUUGUUAUCCCCACCGUGCUAUAACAAUUGAUCCAAUAUGGAUGCCCCUCUAGAAGCUAGCUGUGUCCAAAUGUAUACUGAAAGAUACAAGGCGAUGCGAGCAAGGCAGUUGUCAUAGUAAUAUUGCUAAGAAAAGUCCACAACUUUGGCAAACAUUGUGUUCCUUCAACAUUUUUACCUGUUGACACAAGUGAAUGUAUUAGUUGGUACAUAGCAGGGCGAGUUUAGGGUCUUUCUCAUACGACCCCAAAAUUCCCAAUUAUUCAAUUAAUAUUGAAGACUUGAAGUACCAUGGUGAAAUGAAGCUGAUAUGAUUUCAUGAACUUGGAUUAUAAUUACAAACUCUAAAAAAAAGUUUAUGAAACUUUCGCA